AGGAGCCCGCCAAGCCCAAGGCCCCGCUGAAGAGCGCCGCUGAGAAGCUCAGGCAGAAGCAGCCCGAGAAGUCGACCUUCAAGCUCGACGAGUCGGCCGCGGCCCGUCCGCUGGCAGCCAAGCCCGCCGGCAGGCCCGUCACGACCAAACCGGCCGUCGCCCACCAGGCCAGAGGCAACGCCAACAUGGGCGCCUUUGGCCUCAAGACCAAGAACGCGCCCGACGCAGACGCCACGGCGACCACCAAGAAGGCCUUUCUCGAAGACGACACCGACACGGGCAAGCGCAAGUUCCAGGCGCUCCCCGCCUUUGCCCCCAUCGACGACGCCGACACGCUGCCGGACCCCGAGGAAGAGGACGAGACGGCCCUCGACGACAUGGGCAGCGACGACGAGGAGAACAACGCCCAGCUGCAGGCCCAGCUCGAGAAGCGCCGCGCCGACAUUGCCGGCGCCGGCGACGCCGCCAUGGAAGACGCCCCCGCCGCGGCCCCCGCCGGCGCGGCCGACAGGAUGGACGUUGACGAGACGGCAGAUGCCCAAGAAGACGACGUCGAUGCGCUCGAUGCCUUCAUGGCCGGCCUCACCGAGCCCGCGCCCAGCCGCUCAGCCCCCCAGGGCACCGCCAUGUUCAACGACGACCUCGAGCCCGAGCAGACGUCGGUCGAGGCCGAAGACCUUCUCGCCAUGAGCGCGCGCAAGAAGGCGAAGAAGGAGGCCCCGGUCAUCGACCACAACAAGGUCGAGUACGAGCCGUUCCGCAAGAACUUCUACACGGAGCCCUCUGAAGUCUCCGCCAUGACCCCCGAAGAGGUCGCCGACCUGCGGCACGAAAUGGACGGCAUCAAGGUGAAGCCCGACGACGUGCCGCGGCCCGUCACCAAGUGGGCCCAGAUGGGUCUGCUCCAGGCCACCAUGGACGUCUUCCAGAAGGUGCGCUACGACAGACCCACGUCGAUCCAAGCGCAAGCCAUCCCCAUUGCCGAGUCGGGUCGUGAUCUCAUCGGCGUCGCCAAGACAGGUUCUGGCAAGACGCUUGGCUUUGGCAUUCCCAUGAUUCGACACAUUCUAGACCAGCGUCCGCUCAAGUCGUCUGACGGCCCCAUUGGCCUGAUUCUAGCCCCCACCCGCGAGCUGUCUCUGCAGAUCAAGAACGAGCUGAAGCCGUUCCUCAAGGCGUCUGGCAUCAAGAUUGAGUGCGCCUACGGCGGAGAGCCCAUCUCCGACCAGAUUGCCAUGAUCAAGCGCGGCGGCAUCCACGUUCUCUGCGCCACCCCUGGCCGGCUCAUUGACCUGCUGCAAAGCAACUCGGGCCGGGUCCUGAGCUUUCGGCGCAUCACCUACGUGAUCCUCGACGAGGCCGACCGCAUGUUCGACAUGGGCUUUGAGCCGCAGGUUAUGAAGAUUCUUGCAAACGUCCGGCCCGAUCGCCAGACGAUCCUCUUCUCGGCCACGUUCCCCAAAAACAUGGCUGCCUUGGCGCGCAAGGCGCUCAACAAGCCCGCCGAAGUCAUCAUUGGCGGCCGCAGCAAGGUGGCGCCCGAGAUUACCCAAGUCAUCUCGCUGGUCCAGCCCUCGUACGAGAAGAAGAUCAACAAGCUGCUUCUGCACCUCGGCCAGCUGUUCGCCGAGGACGAGAACGCGCAGGUGCUGAUCUUCACGGAGAAGCAGGAGACGGCAGAAGACCUUUUGUCGAAGCUCUUCAAGGCAAAGUACAUGUCUGUCAACACCAUCCACGGAGCAAAAGACCAGACGGACCGCAACGAGGCCAUCAACGACUUCAAGCAGGGCGUCCUCUCCGUGCUCGUCGCCACCUCGGUUGCUGCUCGCGGUCUCGAUGUCCCGGGCCUGGCCAUGGUCUUCAACUUUGACUGCCCCACUCACCUGGAAGACUACGUCCACCGCUGCGGCCGCACAGGCCGCGCCGGCAACAAGGGCACCGCCAUCACGCUCCUCGAGGACCCCGGCCAAGAGCGCUUUGCCGUCCACAUUGUCAAGGCCCUCAAAGAAAGCGACACGGCCGUUCCCGACGGAGUCCAGAAGAUGGCCGACUCGUUCCUCGAAAGGGCCAAGGCGGGCACCGAAAAGUUCUUUGGCGGCUUUGGAGGAAAGGGCCUCGACCGUCUCGAUGCGGCGCGCGCCCUCGAGAAGAAGCGCGAGAAGCGCGCGCACAAGGUCGAGGGCGAAGACGACUCGGACGAAGAGCCCGAGCUCCCCGCGCUCAAGCAACCCGAAGUCGCCGGCCCGGGCAUCGUCAAGCCCAACGACGCCGCCGCCGCCGCCGCCGCCGCCGCAAAGAGCGAAGACGACCAGCCGUCCUGGAUGAAGCUCCUUAACUCCAAGAUUGUCGUCCAGAAGACGGAGCGCCCGGACGCCUCGGCGAGCGGCAAGCCCAUGUCGGCCAAAGAACGCGCCCUCGCCGCCGCCAACAAGGUCGACGGCCGCCUCAGCAAAAAGGGCAUGAUCCACGCCGGCCAGCCCAUUGACAACAAGGGCCCGGACGCGGGUCUGUACCACAGCACCAUUGAGAUCAACGACUUCCCGCAAAAGGCCCGCUGGGCCGUGACCAACCGCACAAACGUCGCCAAGAUCCUCGAGAACACGGGCGUCUCCAUCACCACAAAGGGCAACUUCUACGCCCCCGGCAAGGAGCCCGGCGAGACGGACCUGCCCAAGCUGUACAUCCUCGUCGAGGGCGAUACCGAGAACGUCGUCACCCAGGCCAUGAUGGAACUCACCCGCCUCCUGCGCGAGGGCACCAUUGCCGCCGAGGACGCCGUUACUGUGCGCGGGCCCACGGGCCGCUACAACGUCGUCUGAGUCUUGUUGUCCAUGGCCUUUUUUUUUUUUUUUUUUUUUUUUUUUACUACGCGAGCAUGGGCGUUUGCACAGACGGCGUUUGGCACUGCAUGGGCGGCGUUUGGCACUGCGUGGGCGGCAUUUGGCACUGCGUGGAUGAACGGCGUCGAAGCGUGGACGGCGUUUGGCACUGCGUGGACGAAGGGCGGCGUCGAAGCGUGGCAUCAGUCUGGAAUCAAUGCAUCCUCGAG